UUCUUUAACCCAGUAAACAAAAUCAACGUUAUCUUCCAGAAAUGUACCCAACCUAGGGAGCCUGGCCAACAACAAUCAUAAAAACGACGGGAAAUUCCAUUGAAUUCGAGAAUGAAUUCUUCUGAAAUAACCCCCAAAAACAACUGGUUGAUUUCGGAUUUCAUAUUGAGAGAAAAAAUCAGUGAAACCCCAUUUUCCACUGUUUGGAAAGCUAAUCAUCGGAAUAACCCUGAUUUCAAGGAUGUAGCUUUGAAGAAAAUCACACUUUCUAAGCUAACCCCAAAUCUUAAAGCUUCCCUUGAUUGUGAGAUUCAUUUCUUAUCCACUGUUAAUCAUCCUAAUAUUAUCCGUCUUAUGGGUUUCUUUCAGGCUGAAGGUUGUUUGUUUUUGGUCUAUGAGUUUUGCAAUGGGGGUAAUCUGGCUUCUUAUAUUCAUCGUCAUGGUGGAGUCCAAGAGCAAAUAGCUAGAGACUUUAUGUAUCAACUACGUGAUGGUUUAAGAAUUAUGCGAAGCCAUCAGAUCGUCCAUCGAGAUUUGAAGCCACAGAAUAUUCUAUUAUCGAGUUGUGACAGCAGGACGCUACUAAAGAUAGCUGAUUUUGGCCUUUCAAGGGUUUUGCACUCGGGGGAUUAUGCUGUAACUGUUUGCGGCUCACCUUUGUAUAUGGCCCCAGAAAUGUUGGGGUUUCAAAGAUAUGACGAUAAGCUCUUGAAGAACAUAAAAGCUUCUAAAGGCCUUCCAUUUUCACAGCUUAUCCUACAAAAGAUACACCCAGAUUGUUUUGACAUGUGUUCUAGGCUGCUAUAUGUAAAUCCAGCUAACAGGUUGUCAGUAGAAGAAAUUUACUGCCAUAGAUUCUUCGUGCAAACAAAGGAAGGGCUAUGACUGAAAUCAAUCAUAAAAAUAUUCCGCAAUCUCUAAAAUGAUCCAUUUGGAGAGGAUUUGGUGGAGUUCAUGGUCUAGCCCCAUGUUUCGGUUUAUCUGAAGAGCAGGGAAAAGAGAGGGGAAUUUUGGUCUUUGAUGUGGAAAUUACCUAUAGGGUGUCUUGGAUUUAAAAACUGACGACUGCAGAAAUGAUCUGAAGCAGGUUUUUUAUCUUGAAAAUUUUCACGAUGAUCAAGUAGUAGAUGUGUGUGCUCGAUGGGACUCGAUCGUUGCAUUGAUUUUUUGCUGAUAAUACCAACUUAGGUAAUGCUGAAUGCAAAGCAAGCACAGAGCCAGAGGGAGUGUUCUUCUCACUGGAGCUAGUGUAGCGCCCAGUCAUGCCUUGUUUACCAUUUGGUUUGGGAAAUCAUAUAUUCACACAAUCCAACAACAAUCAUAUAUUAAUUCUUUUGCUGAAACUCCAUCCAGAUCCCAAACUAUGUAACCUGGACUCGGAUACCCAUAUCGGACAUUG